GUAACGGUAUUGAUGCUUUUGUUUAGAAAAUCUGUAAGGCUUCUGUUUUCCUCGUAACUCCCUCCCCCUCUCUCUCUCUCUCUCUCUCGUGUUUUUGUCUCCAAGCUGUUACAUUUCUGGGACAGUGCAAGAGUUGAGUCAGAUGACUCAAACCCCAACCCCAGACUCCUUGGUUCUCUAACCCACCUACCCCUCCACAAUUUCAAAUUUGAAACCCACUCACUCUGUUUCACUCUCUAACCUCACUCCCACUUCGCUCCCGCUUCUCUCUCGCCUCUCUCUUUGACCGCCUCGGCGUUGUCGAAAAACCCAUUUGACUGCUCCGUUUUUAAACCCCAAAAAACUCUCUUUUCAUUUUCACUCAGACAAUUCAUCAAACACUUAAACCCCCACUCCCACAAACCAUGUCCAACAAUGGCGAAAAUUGUGAACCCAAAUCUCUCAAGGUCAGUUUUCAAGAACUCAGUAUUGAUGAGAGUGUCAGUACUGUUACUGGGUCUGAUACUGAGGUUGAAAAAACGACUUCUUUGAAUGUUGAAGUGAAUAAAGAUGGGGAAUGUGUGGAUUGUGUUGGGAGUGAGGAGAGCAGUUUGAGUUCUGUGAGUUUUUGUGAUAGUGUUGAUGUGAAUGAGGCGAGUUUUAGAAGCUCUUGUCAUUCUAAACCUCAUAAAGGCAAUGAUGUUCGGUGGGAUGCUAUACAAUCGGUGAAGGUGAAAGAUGGGGAAUUGGGUUUGGGGCAUUUUAGGCUUUUGAAGAAGCUAGGGUUUGGGGAUAUUGGGAGUGUGUAUUUGGCGGAUUUGAGAGGGAUGGGUUGUUUGUUUGCCAUGAAAGUGAUGGAUAAAGGGAUGCUAGCAGAGAGGAAGAAGCUAAUGAGAGCUCAAACUGAGAGGGAAAUUUUGGGUUUGUUGGAUCACCCUUUUCUUCCUACCCUUUAUUCACAUUUUGAAACAGAGAAGUUUUCGUGUUUGCUCAUGGAGUUCUGCAGUGGAGGGGAUCUUCAUAUUAUUCGUCAACGCCAGCCAGGCAAGCAUUUUUCAGAACAAGCAGCAAGGUUUUAUGCUUCAGAAGUGCUUCUUGCCAUGGAGUAUCUGCAUAUGAUGGGUGUGGUGUAUAGGGAUUUAAAGCCCGAAAAUGUUUUGGUUAGGGAAGAUGGUCAUAUUAUGCUCUCUGAUUUCGAUUUGUCAUUAAGAUGUUAUGUGAGUCCCACCCUUGUUAAGUCCACCACUGAGCCAGCUUGUACGAUAUCUUCAUACUGUAUCCAGCCAUCAUGCAUUGAUCCAGCAUGCAAAUUACCCGUUUGCAUAGAGCCUCCUUGUUUCCAACCCUCUUGUUUUAAGCCCCGGCUUUUCAAUUCUAAAACAGCAAAGGCGAGAGGUGAACGAACAACUUUGAUAAAUUCAGAUUCACUUCCUAUGCUUAUUGCAGAGCCAACUUCUGCACGGUCCAUGUCAUUUGUUGGCACACAUGAAUACUUAGCCCCUGAGAUAAUUAGAGGAGAUGGCCAUGGGAGUGCUGUUGAUUGGUGGACAUUUGGUAUUUUCUUGUAUGAGUUGCUACAUGGGAGGACACCAUUUAAAGGCAGUGGAAACCGAGAGACAUUAUUCAAUGUUGUUGGCCAGUCUCUGAAAUUUCCCGAGGGAUCAACGAUUAGUUUUGCAGCAAAAGAUUUGAUCAGAGGUCUGCUUGUGAAGGACCCACAAAAAAGAUUGGGGUACAAAAGAGGUGCAACGGAGAUAAAACAGCAUCCCUUCUUCGAAAGUGUUAAUUGGGCUCUCAUUCGCAGUAAUCAACCUCCAGAGAUCCCUAAACCUGUUGAUUUAUCAUUCUUUAACCAAACAAACAAGUCAUCCCUGCCCCCUAAUGACAAAGGAGCUUCUGACUCGGAUAGAUCAUCAGGUCCUUACUUAGAUUUUGAAUUUUUCUGAUGGAUUUUGGAAGGAGAACAAUGUAAUGUUCCUAGAAAUGGGUUCAUUUCCCCUGCUUGUUUGUAGUAAUAAUCCCCAAUGAAUUUUUAUUUUAGUGAAAGAGCUUUUUGUUCUUUCCAUCAAA